AUGUCUUCGUCGUCAACUGAUGGAUUUUCUCAAUUUACAUUUCAUUUUCGACGUUUAAAUAUUGAUUCAUUAUUCUCGAUCGAUGAUCGAAAUCGAAUGCUGAAUUGGAUCGAUCGAGCUCGAUGUCUUCUGAUCGAAAUUCUUCGUAGUGAACACGUACAAAUACUCUAUAUGUGGUUUAACAUUUAUAAUGAUGUUUAUGAUCAACUGACCUCGUCAAUGACUACGUCAAUGUGUUUGGAACUACUACGUGCUCCACCGACCAAGCGCCAGAAUACAGAUGCUUGCACGACAUUAACCAAUCUGAUCUCGUCGUUUGAGAUCAGCAUACCACAUCCAACGUCGUUGAAAUCUCCAUCUAAUCCUCAAUUUCGUGUUAGUGGUUUAGCAGAGAAAGUUUUCGACUUCAGUCGAGACUGUGCAGCAGCAAAGUUGAUCAAUAACACGCCAACCAUAUUAUUAAAUCAUCAAAUUUUUGAUGUGAAUCGACAAAAGCAAGAUAGCACGGAUGUGAUUUUCGAAUCUACUGGAAUCUUGUUUAUCGCCAUUGUACUGGCGCAUGAAAUUACUCAUGCAAUUAAUUUAUCCCGGUCCAUCAACAACAUCGAUGUUAUUCAAAAGACUACACCAAAAUUAAUACUUUUUCGUUCAUAUUCGCACGAUGGGAAUGUAGAUGGUGGUGAUCUAGUUGAACGUUUAUUAUUAGAUGGUGAAUUACAUUUAAGUAAACCACCACCAACUCCUCCGAUAUUAUUUUUGAUCGUGUCUGCCGAUGGCACACAAGUGCCAUUACCAAAAGAACUUGUUGAAGAAUGUAUAAAAAAGCGUAGUUUUGUGCCAAUCAGUCAAUUAGUUAAUUCCUGGCAAUAUAAUAAUGGCCAACAAUUGAUGAACAGUGACUCUAGAAAAGAGUCAACUGAAAAAUUACCGGUCUUAGAACCGUUACUCACCUUUCAAAUAUUAACAUCUGAUUCUGCUCCUGCUCCACCAUCAGCUCUUCUUCGAAUUUUAACUACUACUCGACAAUUACGUGGUCAAAUCGAUAUGACAUUAGUUUUUCUUGCAGUCGAUGAUCUUUAUUUAUUUAUGCAUAUUAUGGAAAAUGGUAAUGACUCAAAAUCAUAG